AUGCUCUUUUCAAUUGCAGCAUACUGCAUCGUCCUCAGCCUGGUUGUGGCCAGUGCUGUUGUUGCGAACGGCACAACGGCAAGGAAGCGCAACGUAAAUGGAGCCACGAAGGAUAUGCCAAAUGGACAACAUGACAAGGAGAGCAAGAAGCCGUUGAAUGGUCAGAAGAUCCCAGAGGCCGUCUCUGACACUCCAGUGAAGACCAGGCCCUUCGUCCUGUACGCUAUUCUGUUGAUGGCCUUGCUGGGUGGCGCUGCAACGGGUGCAUACUUUGCCACGGGAUAUCUGUCAAAGAGCACCAAUUGGGCGCCACCCACCUGCCAGCCACCAACAGUAGAUGCUUUGUUGAAUCGUUACAAGGAGCUGACAAACACUUUCACCUACCCCAUCCUGACUACCUCGCCCAAAGCUCAGCGCCUCUUUGAUAUUGGUAUGUUGCAAGCGUGGAAUUUCAAUCAGCCAGAGGCGCUCAGGGCCUUCCAGCUGGCUUCAGAGGAGGACCCUGCUGCAGCCAUGCCCUUCUGGGGUCAGGCCUAUGCCCUGGGGCCUGGAGCAAACAGGGAUGUGACGUCUGAGAGGAAGCCUUAUCCGUCCUUUGCCCCGGAGGAUUUCCCGGCAGUCUACAAGGCCGCCCAAGCAGCUCUGAAGAAGGCCCAGAUCAAGGCCAUACAGCUUGACAGCACACAGGCAAGGCCACACCCGAGCCAUGCGAAAGACCCUCCCAACAACACUCAGGACCCUGCCAAGAAGGAGCUGGCACUAGCGGUGGCGCUGGCGAUGAAGCGGUUCCCGGAGGGCAGUGCCACCGGCGCCAAGCGCGCGGCGGCCGAAAAAGAAUACGCGGAAGCGAUGCAGGCGGUCGGCGUGAAGCUGUCCGACAGCGUUCUCAUCGCGAUGGCCGCGGAGGCCUUCAUGAACCUGUCGCCCUGGGACUAUUACAAUAAGGACAAGAGCUUGAAGGAGACUGCCACGAUUGCUGAGGAGCUGAUCAACCAGGCCAUUGCUCUUGAGCCCAUGAACGCCCUCGCGCUGCACCUCCACAUCCACAUCGCAGAAGCCUCCAGCCCUCAGAGGGGCCCGCACCUGAACGCGGCGCGCGCUGAGUCAUCAGCGGCGCGCAUGCUGGACGCGGAAGCUUCCCCACUGUGGGGCACGGCCAAGUUAGGCCACCUGGUGCACAUGCCCAGCCACACGUUCGUGCGCAUCGGCCGGUGGGCCGAUGCAGUAACUGCCAACGUGGCGGCCUGGCGCGCUGACGUGGCGGACGCCACCGCCUGCCAGAGCCCCUACGAGCCAGAGCACAACACCGACAUGCUCAUCUACGCUGCCAACAUGGCCGGGCAGUACAAGAUUGCUGAGGAAUAUAGCGAGAAGAUUCGGCUCUACCCGGCGGAUAUACCCACAGCCUACUCUGAGGACUAUGGGAACGAGUGGGUGCACCUGAUCCUGACCUACGUCAUCCAGGGCAAAUGGAACGAGAUUCUCAACCUGCCGGGGACGGGGCCGCCGGCCGGGGCGCGCGGGCUGUGCCCAACGGGCGGCUACGAGUAUUCGACGGCGGUGUACCACUACGCGCGCACGCUGGCGCUGGCCGCCAAGGCUGAGGGGGCACGCGUGGCCGGGGAUAUGGAGAGUGCCAUCAGCUGGUACUCCCAAGGCGCCGUCACCGCCUUCAUGCACCUGCGGGAGGCGGAGGGAACGGUGGUGCAGGAAGAGGGGACAGUGCCGGGGGAGUGGCCGGGAAUCUACGCGUGCGACUACAAGAAGCUGGCGCGCAUCCUCGUCAAGACGGCCGAGGCGCGCCUGGCGCUCAUGCAGGGCGACACCGCCGGCGCAGAGGCGAACUUGAGGCAGGCGUUUGCGAUAGAGGAGGGGCUGGGCUACAUGGAGCCGCCGCGGCAGUACCAGCCGACCAAGCACUGCCUCGGCUACGUGCUCAUGCGCGCCGGCAAGAACCAGACAGCCGCCGAGGUGUUCGUGGAGGACAUGAUGGAGCACCCUAACAACGGAUACGCUCUGCUGGGAGUUUUGCGCGCGCUGAGUGCGCUGGGCCGCGACGCCGACGCCGCGCAGCUGGCGGGAGUGCACGAGGCGGCCUGGGCGUCCGCGGAUGCACCCCUGGAAUCGCCCUGCCCUGCGUUCUCCCGCCUCAUCACCACGCUCGACACCGGCUUCAAGGGCCGGCGGCUGAUGCGCUGAGCGCUGACAUCCUCUGGUGGCUCCUCAGCCGCCAGACGACAGGCAUUUGAUGAACAUACUUCGAUGAAGACUCGCAUCGCAGAAGGUGUGAGGAGUCUCGGCUGGAGCAAUGCAGAAAUGCACACUCUCAGGGGUAGAGAUGGAAGCUGGCGAUGAUUGCUGGAGAGGGGACUACUUGGGGCACUGGCAUCUUUGUUGCAAAUGCAACCAGACGUGGCUCUCUGCUAAAAGGAACCUCCUUUGGUUUGCAAUUCCCCGCCUGCGGACAAUCCUGAGUCAGCAUCUGCAGAAGCAGCCCUCAGCAGUUGGCGGACGCCGUUGUGUGGAAGGGAGAUGACAACAGGUGGCUGUUGGACAGAAUGGAGUUUUGUCAUGGCUGGUAUAGAAGGGAGAUUGCAUAACUCCAGAUCAUUUGCUGGACAGCCAUACUGUCAUUCCUGGUAUACGUAUGUAUUGCAUGGGAGUAUCUCAACUUACAGAGAGUGCCCCGAGCAGAUUCUGCGCAAACUUGUACAACCAAGUAUAUGUACAGUUGCUAGCUGGGGUUGGGUGUCACACCAUGAUAAAUGUGUUUUGAUGAACCGGGAUGACUUGCCGGGGAAAUUUCUGAGGUGCAAUACCAAUUUAUUUACUGGUGUUUGCUGCUUGGUAAAGGUGUGGACCUGAUGAUGGUAGGGGGAAGUAUAUAUGUGAAUGUACAAAUUUGAAUUCUUGGCACCUCCAUGUGCUGCAUUUACGACUGAAACUUUCAAUAUGGGGGCGCCUGUUCGCAUGCAUUGGAAAGUGUUAUAAUAAUCAGGCAUUGCCCCUUCCUGUCUGCAAGAACCCUGAAGCACAGGUUUGAAAGACAGAUGUCGUGCAUGUGCAUAUUUAAAGCGUUUCAGAAUGGUUAUUUUACAGUAUAUGCCCCACACUCUUCAAUGAGAGUCUAAAAUGUCUUAUUUAAGUGUCUUUCCUUGCAAGAC